GUUGGCGUGUCAUCCCAUGACGAGUGGUCGCGGAUACGCGUAUCCAUCCUUGACAAGCUGCAGAAGAGAGGUUGGGGAACCUGCUUCGAGCGGUACUCCGUCAGCGCACCCAUUGGUAGCGCCGCCUACCAGCGCGCGCGUGGGGAUCUGUUUCUGUGCGCCCGGAAAGAUCCAAAAGUUACGCUGGACAUCGCAACAUACAUUACAGAGGGCUCAAUAGCCUACGCGCAGAAGUAUUGUCUACCCG